AGCGGUCCUGACACGUAAGAGACCCACGCAAUAUUUUAAAGGAAGAAGUUUCUUUCUCAGAAGUUAGAUGAGGAAACAUCUCGGACUUGAUGUCGUUGACCAGUAAACCCUCUACAACCCCACUGGAGGUUCCUUAAAACCGCACCGGGACGCUCCGGGAGUAAGGAACCGACGUGCCAACAUGAGAUUUUCAGCCCUUCUCUCGGCUCUGCGGUCAAUGGGCCCGGUGGUAAUCGGCAUUUCUUUAGGAUUCACCUUGAGUUUACUCAGUGUAAACUGGACAGAAGAAGCGUGUUACCCGGACGAGGAUGCUCCUCUGGGUCAGGAUGAACAACUCAAAGGAGCUCGUAAACCCAAUUCCAUUUCAGUCGUCAGCGAAGGGGAGUCAGAAGCGGAUUUCGAACCAAGAAUAGUGCCCUAUAAACAAGUCGCGCCGAGUACCGCUAAGAAAGUUUUCAGGGCAAAAUAUAUAAGUACAGAACUGGGGAUUCGGGAACGUCUGUUUGUUGGAGUCCUCACAUCAAAAAACACCAUUAACACCUUAGGCGUAGCUGUCAAUCGCACCAUUAGCCAUCAUCUGGACACUGUGGUCUUCUUCACUGGCACACGCAACCGGAAAGUCCCACACGGCAUGUUUGUAGUGUCACAUGGAGACGAAAGACUGAUCUGGAACAUGUUUCAGACUAUGAAGUACAUUUUUGACCAUUACAUCAACGAGUAUGACUGGUUCUACUUCGUCCAAGAUGACGUCUACACAGAAGCCGACAGAAUCAAAAAUAUGGUUGAUCACCUGAGUAUGAAUCGAGAACUUUACAUGGGCUGUCCAGAGGAGUUCAUAGGUGGGGAGAUGGAAGGGAGCUAUUGUUACGGAGGGUUUGGGUACCUCCUAUCUCGAACUUUGCUGCUUCGACUUCAACCCUUCCUGGAAAAUUGUAGGAAUGACAUCCUAAGCGCCAGGCCUGACGAGUGGCUCGGGAGGUGCAUAAUCGACUAUACGGGGACAAAUUGCGUCAACAAAUUUGAGGGACUCCACUACAAUUAUUAUAAGCUGGGGAAAAACUCAGAUCCAGGCAAAGAGCAAAAUGAGCAGUUUAGAAGAGCUCUGACAGUCCAUCCAGUGUCUGACCCAGAACAGAUGUACCGGCUGCACAGACACUUCACCGAGAUUGAACUGCAGAAGACUUACGAUGAGAUUGCUAAGCUCCAGGAAGAAAUCAAAAACGUCAGCGUGGAUGCAUUUGAAGGCGACCGAAUCGCUCAAUGGCCGAUUGGAAUCAACCCACCCUUUGAACCAAAAUCUCGCUUUGAGGUUUUAAAAUGGGACUACUUUACAGAAGAGGAGAUUUAUUCAUGCAUCGACGGAGCUCCCAAGUGUGAGCUACCUGGCAUUGAUCGACUGGAUGUGGCUGAUAUCAUUGACAUAGCGAUGGAAGAGCUCAACAAGAAGUACAAACCUAUCUUGCACCUGAAGAAGCAGAAACUGAUUAACGGCUACAGGCGCUUCGACCCUACCAGGGGCAUGGAGUACACCUUGGAUUUACAGCUAGAAGCGGUCAGCCAAAAGGGUCAUAGUCUUUCUAUCACCAAGCGUGUUCAUCUGGUUCGACCUUUGAGCCAGGUAGAGAUAAUUCCCAUGCCCUAUGUCACAGAAGGUACGAGGGUUCACGCCAUUAUACCGAUUACUGCAUUGGAGAGAGACUAUGUUGAAGAUUUCUUAAAAGUCUUUGCCUCCAAUGCCUUUGAGACGAAUGAAAACAUUAUUCUGACCUUCCUCUUCAUUUAUGACCCAGUGGAAGCACAGCAAGUGAACCAGAAUGAUAUAUUUGCCAGCGUUAAGUCUCAGAUAAACCUCUAUGAGCACAAAUACCCUACAGUGAAAAUCCCUUGGAUAAGCGUCAAGACAGAAACACCAUCUCAAAUCAAAUUCAUGGACAUCAUCUCCAAAAAACACCCAGUUGACACGCUGUUCCUCUUAGCUAGUGUCAACACUGAGGUUAAUUCAGAGUUUCUAAACCGCUGCCGCAUGAAUUCUAUUAACAACUGGCAAGUGUUCUUCCCCAUCCAUUUCCAGGAUUACAAUCCUGAUGUGGCCUAUCACAGUCAGCCACGUCCGGCUACAAUCGAUCUACUCAAGGAUUCAGGGCAUUUUGAUCGCUGGUCAUUUGACGAAGCUUGCUUUUACAAUGCGGAUUACAUGGCAACACGCACAAAAAUGGUUUCGGAUGUCCAAGAGAACGAGGAACUCCUAGAGAUCCUUGACAUUUAUGAAAUGUUCAUAAAGUACUCUGGACUGCAUGUAUUCAGGGCUGUCGAGCCAGCAUUACACCAGAGCUACCGCUACCAAGUCUGCAACCCACGGCUCAGUGAGGACAUUUACCACAGGUGUGUUGAGAGCAACCUGGAAGGGAUCGGUUCUCGUUCCCAGCUCGCAAUGUUGCUGUUUGAACAAGAACAAGGAAAUAGCACUUGAGAGAGACGCCUCAACGCUUUCAUGUGACAUGAAAAGCUGUCUGUUUCUUGAAAUGGUUGUUGGGACAAAACAAACAUCUGUGGGUCUGAAUAGUUCAACACUGAACUUCAUACGCAGUGUUGACCAAUUUUGGGAUGUGGAACAAACUCGCUAAAAAUGAAUGCAGUAGCGUUCUAUGUGCAAAAAAAAAAUCUUGUUUACACUUUGCCUUUUUUUUGGUCUGUUGUACACUAAGCAAUGGGGCUGAACACGACUGAACUGAACCACAAAAACAUGGGGCGAUUGUCAAGGAAGAAGUGAAUUUUCCUGGCCGGCGUUUACCUAAUUUAAAUUUUGUUGCUUAUGGUUGGCCUCACUUGAAACUGAAUCCUACGAACUGUGCGACAGAUCAGUGGCGUUUGGUUACGUUGCUCGGUGGAGUAGCCAGUCCCAAAGGACUCUCCAAACAUUUUCAGUUGUGAUAAGCAACAUUUGACCACUAUGUUACAGAACCAGGGUGUUGUUUUACAGGUAGUCAAUCCAGUUUAUAUGACCAUUAUAUGAUGUUGACACAUGCGGUCAGCUACAUAUGAACAAAUAACACCUCUUUCUCUGUACGUCUGUAUGUUUCAAUAUCAACCAAGAUCUUUGGUUUUGUGCUUUUAAGUCCUCUCAUUUGCACUAGGGGGCAGUCUGCAAUUGUUUGUGAUAGACAGAGCCUGGCUGCUUUGUCAGUAUUCAUGGUGGUCAGUCCAAGUCAACCAAAUAAGAUAUUUAAAAGUGGUUUGCACUGUUACACAAGAGGGUCCUUGGUUUAAACGUGUUUGCUUUGGGAGUUUGCGUGUUAUUCAUAUGCCUGCUCCGGUUUUCUCGAGGUGUUCACCACAACUUCGAUGACCAAAAACAAAGGUUAAUAAACGUGGUCCUUCCUUUUAAUGAUAAAUGUUAUACACUCACUGAAGUGACUGUUGUCUAUUGAUAUGGAACUUCUAGCUAUGCAUCAAAAUAGUUGAAGAUUCACAGAUGUGAGUGUAUUCAGAUGAAAUCGCUGUAAUUGUGCCUUGAAACUGAUUUUUCACCAGAUGGUCAUAUUUAUGUUACGUAAUAGUUUUACAAAUUAGGUGUUUGCGUUGCUGUAUUUUUCAUGUGUCUUUAUUUUUGUUACACCACGCUUAUACAAUGUGUGAAGAAGCCUAGGAGAGAUGUUGCAUGCUGGUUUUAGAGCUCAUUUUGGGAAUAAGCGCCCUUCCUCAAGUUGUGGAUGUGCCUCAAACCACCGACUGGAGUAUUUCCUGUCGGCAUUUGGUAUACGGAGGCGUUGUGUUCCUAAUGUAGUGGAGAGUGAGCUACUGUGCGUGUGUUGACUCAAUCUUACUGAGGACAUACCUACAGAAAGCAUCAACUUGUUACAUAUUAGUUUUUGUGGUUGAGAAUGGUGAGAGCCAAUGUUUGAACUCCAUAAGGUUUUAAUGACUCCAAUCUAAAUCUUACUUCUUAUUGAAGUUAUUAUCUAUAAUUGCCCUCCAUGUUUUUCUCCCUUUUGUUUUCUAUUUGCAUUUCAAGCAAGUGCAGAGCUUUAAUAGCUAAACUUGAGAAUGGUAGCAAUUGUGUAGGGACGUUUUUAAUUGAACUUUCUUAAGUGCAAUAUUCCUGCUAAAGCCACUGUUGAUCUACCAAAUGGAGUGCAUGGGCGUUAGUUGUGUGUUUAUUUUGAACAUACGCAUGGAAUCAAACUGUUAGGUACAAGAGGUUAUAAGUAAUCGCUGCGUGGCAAGUUUUCAAAAUUGCGCAAAAUAUAAAGAUUUUGUCUACUUGUGUAAAGAAGUGCGUGGAUGUUGCCUCUCGGCAAGCUUCUGGAGAUUGUCCAGUGAGAAUUAAAGAGGUUUUUUAGUGAGGAACUGCUCCAAGGAGGUCAAAAGAGGACUGGAGCAAGGAUUUUUUUUCUUCCCUUACUGUGAUUCAUCCAAUGACUGAAUAAUAAUAGUAGCACCGAGAUGGAAAUUAUAAUGAAACCCUUAGAGGGACAACCUGUAGGCUUCAGUAACAUUCAGUUUAAAUUGAUUGUGUACUGAUUCUUGAUUGUAGUUCAUAUAGUUUACAUUUAAUUUCAUUCCACCAUCAAGUCUACGUGCUGGUCCUCAGUUUUCAUUUCGCCAAUGGAUGAUUAUGAUUAAGGUCGUUUUCCUGUAUGUUUAAAGCGAAACGUUUUUGCUGUAUCUUUGUUUUAACUUAUAAAUCACAGCCCAUGGGGUUUCUCUAGCCUUGCGGUCUUUUUGCUGCGUAUUUUUGGUUUAUUUGAUCUCUUUUGUCAAGCACACAGUCUUUUACAGAGACAAUGAUCUGCUGAACGUUUUUCUAUGAAGACGUUGUUGAAGACAAUUAAGCAAUAGUUGUUAACCUUCCAAAAACCACUGUGAAUUUUGGCUAGAACAAAACAAGUUGAGAUCUGUGUGUGUGGGUUCACCAAAGCCAACAAAGUAGGACAAUAUUGAACUAUGCUGUAGACUAUUUUAUAAUAACGCACGAAUUUAAAAAGCCUUUACAAAGUGUCUAAAAUUAAACACAUCACUUUAUAAUACCUGAUGACGACAUCCCUCACUGUUAUGUGCUGCAGUAUGCAUUUGUUUAUUGUGGCUUUGAAAUAAUGUUUCAUUAUCAGUCAAGUAAUUUUUCAAAAACUAAGUACAUAUAUAUAUUUUUUUGAUUCUUUGAUUUUGGAACCAAAUGUUUUUGUUUUUUUUUUCCCAAUGGAUACUGGUACUAAUCGAAGCAAACCAAGUGAAGCAGUGCUUUCAUUGAUGUGCAUCACUUUUCAUUAUGUGCUGUAAUUACCGAUCAAAUGUGAAAUGCAAUUUUUUUUAACUGAAUAAAAAAAUUAAAUACAAGAUUGCGGUCUUUUUAUAAGAUGAAAAUGCCUUUUUCUUUUUUUGUGCUUUAAAUUGUACAAUCAAGUUUGUCCCAUAGGUGUCAGCAGAAGAGCAUGUUACUAUUUUGAAAUACUGAACCAGUUAUGGGUGCGAGUAUUGAGCAAUAUCAAUAUUUAUAAAUAUUUCUUGCACAAUUCAUUUUAUCUGUGUGUUUUAACCUGUACUUUCUUUUAGCAUUUUUGCCAAUGUCAUACCUGAAACAUUUCUGUCUGGUUUUGGUAAAAGCAGCGGAAAAUUCUGCAAACAUAAUUACAGUUUUAGUUUAUGUCAAGGGUCCAUAUGUACUCCCCCGAGCCUUGUCGUAAAACCACGUAAUUACAGAGCAGCAGGGACUUAAUUGUAAGCCAUCAUUUUGUACUUGGUUUUAUUCACUUUCUCCUCCCACACAGGGGCAUACUUGCUUCGAAUAAUCUCAGAACUGAUAGACUGUAGGUCUUCCUGACAGUUUGGGUUCAUUGUCAAGGCUAAGUUUAAAAGUCCCAUUUUUACCUUUAAAAGAAAUUCUUUUGAAAUUGUCAGGAAAUAAACUGUUUUUCCGCUCAACCUUGUUUAACCUCCUUAUUGUCCAAAGGUUUCAACUGCUUUUAGGCUUGAUGCUAUUGUUGCCAUAUAUAACGGUACCCAAUUACGCAUUUAUAUACUAGUCCUUCUCAAAAAAAUUAGCAUAUUGUGA